UAGUUUUCCGAAAUCUGCACGUGCUCUUUGAAAAACUGGACCUCGAAUGCAAGCAUGGAGAACACAGCGACUCAGGAAAACACAACUCAAACGGACCAAGAGUGUUUAGAGCUUAUAGUAGCCCUCUACAUUUACCAAGGAAUGGCUGUAUAUGCGAUCGUGGCCACAAUUAUUAUAACUUUUGUCGAAAAAAGACGAUGUAAAGCAGAGGUUUGUCAUGGUAGACCAGGACUUCCACUCCCAAUCAAUUUCCUUGAUGGCACCACAAAUUCGGUCGCCAAUGCUGCAGCUUUUGGAUGCAUGCUGCAACACCUAUUCAUUUUUAUUUUCUAUGGAAACAUCUACACAGCUACGAAAUGGUUGUUAGCACCUAUAUUUUUCCUUGUCUGCUUUUUGAUGUCUAUGGUAUAUUAUCCUAUAUUUGCUUGCUUGAAUUCAUCGUCUCGCCUGGUAGGGUCUAUCAUUGGAUUUCUGUAUACCUUAUUAUUGUUUUUGGUUGUUUUUGGUCAAAAUUACCUCUGUAACAAAGAAGACUGGGUAUGGGCUAUCUACGCCAUUGUUUUCAUUUCUGAAAUAUAUUUACUGAUGCUUUUCAUUUACCGAAUUGUAACUGCACUGUGCAAGAAAUCUGCAAAUUUGAAGGAACCUCUAGUGAAGAUUGACCAACUGAUGCAUGUCAAAGAUCUACUUCAGAAACCCAAAAGUAGUGCCGAAGAAAUAAAGAUUAAACAGAGGAUAAUUAAGCAUGCAGAUGCCGUUGUUUCUGAAGCUAAGCUUUGCUGUCUUCAUAAAAGUCUAUACAGAUGUACCACAAGGACUCUUGCCAUUAACACCAUAGUUCUGCUUGUGUUCUAUUAUGUAUUUGUCUUCACCAUGUAUAUAAUCAAUGUUUUUGGACAAAUAUAUGACCACCUUGCUCCAAACAAAUACAUACCCUUGAUUGAUAUAAAGAUUUCAGGGCCACUCCUUCGCUACUUUCAGACUGCAAUACAAGUCAUCAGAGGCACACUGCUAACAGUAUGUUUUUACAUUUCAGUCUCGCUCAUUUUCGCUAAUAUGCUCUCGGCUGUUUACCUCAUCGCCAAUAUGGUCCUCAUCUAUCAGUCUCAGAGGCAACAUAUCAUUCAGAUCUGGAGAGGAGACAGGACUUUCAUUCCCAGAAAUUGCACUCAAACACAUACUGACAUGCUGGUGAAAAAUUUGAUGUACGCAGGAAACCAAGUUUCUCAUCUUCUUGGAGGUUAUUUAAUUUCACAGAUAGUUGUGUUCCUUGUCUGUGUUGUCCUGGCGUAUUUUGUUGUUUUACCUCUCAUGAAGGAGGUCCCUAUAAUUUUCCUAUCACCAUUGGAGGCUAUAUUACCUGGAGUGGUAUUCAUGUUCAUUUUCCGAAUUCUACUUCGAAUCAUCAGUCGUAAAGCUUUCUUACAAAACCAUUACAUCGGUUCUGACAACGGAGAACACUGGGAGAAAGUACUGGCCUUAGAUAAUAGGCGGGUGUACCAGAACCUGUCCUAUUUCCUGUUUUUCUACUAUAUACUGAUUGGUUUAUUCCGAUGUGUGUACCGGGUAAUAGUGUCCAUGUGUUUAGGAAUAUUUUACAUAGCGCGUAUGGAUAGAUCCUUGUUGUUUCCUGGAUAUGAACAUAUUGAUAUCAGUUAUAUGACGUAUCUUGGCUUUCUGGAGGUAGAACUUCACCACUGUCACCCGGUAGUUGUUGUCUUCUGUGACCAGUUGAUCAAAGCUGUGAAAGUUAUCACUACUAAAUCUGUGCAGAGCCUUAAUUCCUCUGAUGAUCUUGUUUAUGAAAACAGGAUUUAUGGGCUCUCCAGUGUUUACACACGAAAAGUAAGGAAUAGGUGGCAAAAGAUGAAAACCCUGAUUUCCAACCAGUCUCUUUGCAAAGCUUCGAAAACAAACAUUUCUUUUGAGCAUUCUGUUACUCCCAAGAAAACCUUGGGGGAUCCACAAUCUAGUCUCUAGGCAAAGUGUAAAUUGAGAGUAAAGCAAACAUUCUGGGUAAUUGUGUAGUUUUGUAGGAGAAAUUUUA